AUGGAUAAUAAAGUUGAUUAUGCUAAAGCUACCGAUGGUACAAAGGUGAUUUCCGAUGAUCCUUGGUUGGAGCCUUAUGCAGAUGCCCUCAGAAGAAGACAUUCACAUAUCAACCACAUGGUAAAGCAAUUCGACGAGAAGGAAGGUGGUCUUUUGAAGUUUGCCGAAGGAUACAACUACUUUGGUUUCAACGUAGACUCUGACAAUAAUGUAACCUAUCGUGAAUGGUUACCCUCUGCUAAAUCUGUAUUUCUAGUUGGUGAUUUUAAUCAAUGGAAUAACUCAUCACAUCCUUUGAAUAAAGUUGAAUAUGGAAGAUGGAGUAUUACCUUACCAAGUGUAAAUGGAAAAUGUGCCAUUCCACAUCAUUCGAAAAUCAAGAUUUAUGUUCAAUUUGAAAAUGGAAAUUGUGAUUAUAGAAUUCCAGCUUGGAUCAAUAGAGUCGAACAGACCAAAGAGAAUCCGGUGUUUGACGGUGUCUUUUGGAAUCCACCAGAGAAGUAUCAGUGGCGAAACAAGUCGCCAUCGGUACCUGCCGAUCUCAGAAUCUACGAAGCACACGUCGGUAUGUCUUCGGAGCACCCAGAGAUCUCGACCUACACCAACUUUACAAAGUAUGUACUGCCACAGAUCAAGGAGCUCGGUUACAACUGUGUGCAGCUGAUGGCCAUCAUGGAGCAUGCCUACUACGCAUCGUUUGGCUACCAAGUGACCAACUUCUUUGCUAUUAGUUCGCGUUUCGGUACACCCGAGGAGCUGAUGCACCUCAUUGACACUGCGCACGGCAUGGGACUGCUGGUGUUCUUGGACGUCGUGCAUAGCCAUGCCUCGAAGAACGUACUCGACGGUCUCAAUCAACUGGACGGAUCCGACCACCACUACUUCCAUGCCGGUGGACGUGGUAACCACGACGUCUGGGACAGUCGUCUCUUUAACUACAGCAGCUGGGAAGUGCUGCGUUUCCUACUCUCCAAUCUUCGUUUCUACGUUGACCGUUAUCAAUUCGAUGGAUUCAGAUUCGACGGUGUCACCUCUAUGAUUUACUAUCACCACGGAUUGUCACCUGCCUGUUCCUACGAUGAUUAUUUCGGUUCGCAAGUCGACGAAGAUGGUUUAUACUAUCUUUCAAUUGCAAAUACAUUAUUACAUAAAUUAAAUCCAAAUUGUGUUUCCAUUGCAGAGGAAGUCACUGGAAUGGCAUGUCUUUGUCGACCGAUUGCAGAGGGUGGAUAUGGUUUUAAUUAUAGAUUGGGUAUGGGUAUUCCAGACAAGUGGAUCGAAUUGGUAAAGAUCAAGGAUGAAGAUUGGAGUGUCAAUGAUAUCGUUCAUAUGCUCUCGAAUCGUCGUUACAAAGAGAAGAACAUCAGCUAUGCAGAGUCACACGACCAGUCGUUGGUCGGUGACAAGACUCUUGCCUUCUGGCUGAUGGACAAGGAGAUGUACUUCCACAUGUCGACGACCACUCCGAUCACCCCAAUCAUCUCACGUGGUAUGGCGCUACACAAGAUGAUCCGUCUGAUCACCUCAUCGCUGGGUGGCGACGGCUAUCUCAACUUUAUGGGCAAUGAGUUUGGUCAUCCCGAGUGGGUCGACUUCCCACGUGCCGGAAACAACAACAGUAUGCACCAUGCUCGUCGUCGUUGGGAUUUGCAUCGCGAUAAACUCUUGCGUUACAAUCACUUGCGUGAGUUUGACGUAGCCAUGAACAAGCUGGAGGACGAAUUCAAGUGGUUGGCUGCCGACUAUGCGUACAUCAGCUGCAAGCACAACGAUGAUAAGGUGAUCGUUUAUGAACGUGCCGGCUUGAUCUUCAUUUUCAACUUCCACUGGGACAAGAGUUUCUCUGACUACCGAGUCGGUAGCGGACAAUCCGGUAAAUUUAUCAACGCAUUGGAUUCGGACCGCGAGGAAUUCGGUGGAUUCUCACGAAUUGGAGCGGGUCCACAUUUCACCGAAGAUUUCGCUUGGCACGACAGAAGAUAUUCACUCAAAGUUUAUAUUCCAUCACGUACCUGUUUGGUUUUGAAAAAGGUUGAGUAA